AUGCACAGUUCAUACCAUUUGGGUAAUGGACUAGAUGACCUAGCAGGUCUUUCUCAAUCUCUUGAUUCUAUCCGCAGUUCAUCAAGAUGGCCCUUGGGCUGGGACUUUGAGACCUCUGCUAUACAACAAUCUAGAAGCCAGUUGUCAUCACCCAUUUGUAAAGGAGAAAUACAGAGGAAAAUUUUUCCUUAUUCUAAAAAUCUGGAUGUAAUAACAAGUGAGUUUUUGUUCCCUGAGAACAAAGAAAUAAGAAAAAUGAUGCCAAUCUUUGCAGGUACAAUGACCCGGAUCAUUGUUAUUUCUUUCUUCAUUCUCUGGACAGCCACAGGGCAAGGGAAAGGAAAUGUCUUCACAGAAAAAGGCCUCUCCUUGUUAGGCUACCAUCUAUGCAACUAUAGCAUGACUAAAACUGUGUCUAAAAUGGUUGCCUACCAAAAGUCAUAUGAGAAACACACUUCUUGUGGAGGAUGGAUUCCACGGAUGGUUUGUCUUAAGACAUCUUAUAAAACUCAGUAUCGCAUUGCUGAAGUCCCUGAGAUUAUGAAUUUUACAGAUUGCUGUGAAGGGUAUGAACAAGUUGGGUUCUAUUGCACAUUAUCAUUGAACAGAUCCAAUGAAUUUGCCUCAAGUCCUGGUGUUUGUCCAGAGGAGGAAAUGGAUUCAUUAAACUCUUCAUGCACACUUGAUACUGACUGUCCAGGACUUAAAAAAUGCUGUAACUCAUCCAAAGGAACAGUCUGUGUGGAUCCUGUACCAGAAGAGAGAAACCUGAAAAAAUAUUGGUAUAAUGUGUCAGUCCUUGUGAAAAUGGAUUUUAAUGAAUUGAGCGGAGUGGAUCCAAGACUUUUGAAUCAUUCACGCCUUUUGCACUCCAUGAUGACUGGUGCAUUAUGGCCCUUAAAUUCCUCAGUGUACCAUAUCCAGACUACUCAGGCAGAAACAUAUGCUGGGACAUUGGCAUCACAGGUUCUGAUUGGAUUACAUCAGCCAGCUCCACUAAUGAAAGUUUCUUCUUUGUUGAAAGGCAUUGUGAAGCGUGUGUAUGAAGUUAUCAACAUAGAUGUUCAAGACGUCAAUGAAUGUUCCCACGCUGAACUCAAUGCUUGUUCCAGAUCAGAGCUUUGCAUAAAUUUAGAAGGUUAUUAUAACUGCACCUGUGAACAUGAACCUGUGGACAGGGAUUCUGGGCAGCCACAGAAAGAAUUUAAAGACCUCUCUUCAAUUGGAAACCACCGAAUCGUCAGCGUUACCAGCAGCAGUUUUGAAGUAUCUUGGAAUGUAAAUUCUACUCUGAACCACACGUUCCAAGUACAAGUGUACAAGGGCAAAGAGUUGCUCAGAAGUAUGGAAACUACAGAAAUGAAAAUGGAUGUGUCUGGGCUGGAAGCAGGUAUAAAAUACACAGUGAAGAUCAGCUAUGAAGCUUGUGGAAAGAACAUUAUCUCCUAUCAAAAUGUCAAAACUGAUGCCCAGAUAUUUGGUGUUACAAUAAAGAUCCUAAACUAUAACUUCACUGAACAUUUCCACAACACCAGUAGCUCAGAAUAUCAAGAGUUUUCGAGACUGUUGCUCACAGAGAUUGAAAACAUAUUUCCACCAAAUAUUUCCAUAUUAUACAAAACUGGGAAGCUGAAGGUGCAAAUUGAGUCCCUGAAAGCUGGAAGUAUCAUUGUGAGGCUUAGAAUCAUUGUACAGGACCCUGAGUUUCCAGUAGAUGUGUCCACAUUUGCUCCUAUGCUUUCUUCUCUGUAUAGAAGCUCAGUGUUUUUGGUGGAUCAGCAGAGCACCUCAGUAGAAGACUGGGACGAAUGUGCAUCUCGUUCAGAGAAUGACUGCUGUAUGUAUGCAGAGUGUAUCAAUUUAAUGGGCUCAUACAUGUGCAGAUGCAAGACAACCAUGGAUACCAAUCCAUCUCGGCCUGGAAGAAACUGUGAAGGUGAAAUUGUGAACCCAGUUAGUGAAAUGAUGCCCCUAUAUGAAUCAGGCAAGACAGAAAUACCACCUGAAACAAGUACUGGACUGCAUGCUUCACCAGCAAUCACUGAAAUAAGAACGACCACUCUCAGCUCCAAGAGGAGAACCAUAUUAAAUAUGCCUACUGUGCUGCCAUCAAGUGGCACACAAGCAUCAAGCAGUCAUUCUUCCAUCAGCAGUCCUCCACUAACUCAGAGACAAGGCAUGACAUCAUCAAUUGGAUUUGAAAGAAAUAAUAGCACAAUUGGUAUGGAGGGUCCAACAACCAUCGAAACACUAGUUGUGGUGACAGAACAAUGGAAAGAUGUAAGUGCAUCACUUGAAAACUCUGUGGAAGAGACUUUGACUGGUGCACCAGAGCAACUGACGACUGUUACCAGUGCACCCAAGGAUGCAACCAGUCAAGAGCAGCACACUUCACCAUUGUCCAUAUUAUCUAUGGUUUCAAAUACAACUUCUGCUGUUGAGAGAAAUAAAACUAUAGGAGAGACCCACAUACCUCCCCAGGUUCCUGAAGCAAGUUCUCAGGAUGGCUCCAGUACAUCCCUGCCUACUACAGAACACCCUACAAUUUAUACUCUAAGUUCCACCCUUGAUGUACAUGAAGAGAUGGGAAGAGUUAGCAACUCCUGGUCUGAGACAUCUCCUAGAGAAUCAUUCUCAGUGCCACCUGUUUCCCCUGACUUCUCACCACCAGCUUUCAGUGCUACUACUUUCCCGAACACAGAUUGUAUACCUGUCCCAGCUCAAAGGAUUAUUUUCUCCAGUGUGACUGGCAUCAGCUUUCAUGUAGCCUGGUCCACAGAUUCUGCACUGAAUCCUGCUUUCCGAUUUCUACUGCUUCAGGAAAACCAGCUAAUAUCAGAGGCUAAAAUCCAGAGCACGAGUCUGACAGUGCCAGGGUUAGAACCUGGAAUCUUGUACACGGUUGAAAUCACGACAGAAGUUUGUGGCAUGGAAAGUAAACCAACACGCCAGAAAGUAAAGACUGCUGUUCAAAAACUGAAUGGAUCAGUAAGAAUAACAAAUGUGAAAUACACUGCAGGCUUGAACAAUGCAAGUAGUGAAGAGUAUCAUAACUUUACACAGCUGUUUCUUGGUGAAGUACGGAAAUCUCUGCCUCUUAACCGUCUUCAGGAAAUGGAUCUUGGUUUGAUAAAAAUGUUGAUAACCAGUAUUACUAAUGGAAGCAUAGUGGUAGGUUUCGAUUUACUGACUGCAAAAGACUUGGAUAUCCACAGCCUUUCCACAGCUUUUCAUGAUGUCUUUAAAAAUAGUUCCUAUUUUACAGUUGACAACAGCUUCUCCAUACGUGAUUAUGAUGAGUGCGAAAGAGAAGAAGAUGACUGUUCCCCGGAUGCAUCAUGCCACAACACAUAUGGGAGCUAUCAGUGCAGCUGUAAUGAAGGAUUUGCUGAUCUCAAUUCAGAGAGGCCCGGGAGAAACUGUGAAGCAUUUCCGCUUAGCCUUGGCCCUACAACUGCACACGGCAAACAUGUAGGCAGCACAGGUUUACCUGUGACAUGUCCACAUACUUCAGCUCAUGUGUUUUCACUUGCUACAGAGGAUUCAUCUGCUGCUAAAACCAAACAUGAAGAGGGUGCUAUGUUCUCUAGCACAGCAAUGCCGCAUGCCUCCACAGCGUCUGUGUCGAAUGCCCAUAGCUCACCACAUGUCACUACCUUGCCACUCACAAAAUCUUCGCAGGGGAUGUCCUUAAAGGAUGCAGUGAGAGUGUUCUGUGAGAUUGAGAAGAUUGUCAUUGCCAUUCAGAAGAUAUUUCUGCAGCAGGAAUCUAUCUCAGAAUCUGCACUCUAUCUUGGGGAGCCUCACUGCAACGUGAGCUUCAGCAAUGACACUCAUGUGGUGCUGUGGACAAGUUGGAAUCGAUGUGGAACUAAAGUACAAAGUAAUAUGACUAAGACUAUUGUGAAAACAAUACUUCGGAAUGACAAUUCCUCUCAGAAAGUUAUCCACAACUUGAAGAUUGUCUGUCCAAUCCAUUGUGUGUUUCAGAAUAAUCUCUUGACUUCAUCUGGAUAUAGUUCAGAAGGGGUUUAUACCUUUUUUGAGGAUUUACAUGGAUCUGGAUAUUUUAUAACUGAGAUGCAAUUGUUUGUUGGAAACUCUUCAGUCCCCCAAAAUUUCAGUGUUUCUGCCAGUGAUGAUAUACUGAUUGAGGUGGGAAUUCAAAAAGAAGACAGCAACCUCAAGGUGGUCGUCACUGAGUGCUGGGCAACUCCAACGAGUAAUUCAGGGGAUCCUCUAUCAUUUGGUUUUAUUAACAACAGCUGCCCAGUCCCAGAGGCCUACACCACCAUGAUUGAAAAUGGAAAUUCAAGAAAAGCUCAGUUUAAGCUGAAAAUCUUUUCCUUUGUCAACAACUCUGUUGUUUACCUACACUGCAAAAUUCGUAUUUGUGUGGAAACCUCUGAAAGCACCUGUAGGACGAGCUGCCAAGAUGUUCGAUCCCUGAAAAGUGGUGAAAUUAUUGCCACACACAGAACAUCCUGGGGGCCUCUGUGCAGAGCCACUGCAUCUGAUACAAAAAGUGAGAAGGCGCCUGGGCUAGGAAUAGGGUCCAUCAUCCUUAUCGUCAUUGCUGUGUUUGUUUUUGUGCUGGGAGUGGUGGCCCUUUCGGUUUCCCAAUACCAACGAAAGACGGGGAGAUACAACUUCAAAAUCAAGUCCGACAACUUUAGCUACCAAGUGUUCUAUGAUUAAAUAUUUCCAAUUCAUCACAUCUGGAACUCGUCUCA